CGUAAUAAGAUGUCUCCACAGCAUCUUGCAGUGGCUCUAGCACCGCCUCUGAUGCUGCAUUCUCAGCCACCAACAGAGCUAGACUAUCAAAGGUCCAUCAAUGUUCUUCAGUGUCUGCUACAAAUAUGGCCGGCUCCUAAACGUUCAGACAGUUCGGCGCGGCGAGUCAGUAACCGGGCCGCGUGGAAACAGAGUCAGUGCGUCGCCAGCGGCCUCACUCACGCUCCCCCAAGGCCGAGCUCCGCCCUCAGUCAGUCCAUAUCGGCCUCAAGUGGCAGCAUCAGCAGCAUCUCCGCCGCCAGCUCUCUCGGGUCGGCCCGCGCCAGACCGCUCGCCGCCCGCACAUGUUCUCUCAUCAGUCAGGGCAGGCCAAUAUCGUCCGCAGUCGCCGCUCAGAGGCCCUCUGCCCGCUCCACCUCGGUCCCGUCAGGUGACAGUAUCCUCUCCAGGUUCACCCAGUAGCAGCUCAGGCAGUCACAGCCCUGCGGAUACUAUUAAACAUGGAGGAUCUGUCUCCUCCAUAUUGAGGCAACCGGAGCGCGCUGCAUCACCACGGUCAUCACCGCGGUCUUCUCCGCGCGCGUCUCCCAGAGCCUCGCCGCGCGACUCCCCGCGGACUAGCACACCGCGGGACGCCAGGGAGCAUGCCUCGCGGGACUCGUCGCGGGAGCACACUCCGCGCGAGAACUCUCGAGAGCACACACCCCGCGAUACGUCGCGCGAGCACACCCCGCGGGACGGGCCACGCGAGCCAGGCUCCCGCGAGUCCCCGCGGUCAGUGAUCCCGGGCACCUCGGCGGGCCUGGCCGUGACGCUGAACUCUCCGGGGCGCGUGGCGGGCGGCGGCCUGAGCCCGCGCUACAGCUCCACCAACCCGUUCCUGCAGCAGUACGACGCGGAGGAGGAGGCCGAGGCGUGGCGCGCCGCCGACAUAUUCUCCUCGUCCUCCACGCACGCAUAGUGCUCGUAGCGAAUUGAGAUUUUCUAGUCAAUUUUUUUAAUCGAAUCGAAAGAGUGCUACGAUUCCGCUGUAUAUUAUGUUGUUUAUUCGACGAGCGUGGUGCGCGUUCGUGUAAUGUUUGUUAUAUAUAGAGCGAGUUACGAUGUAUAUUACUGUGAGAAUGUAUACAUGCUGAGGCGCGAGGUGACACGCCUCGCCGGCCGCCGGCGUCCCGCCCCGUAGCCACUAUAGUGUUUAUCGUAUUGUAUUGUACAUUGUAUAUAAUAAACGUAUAUGUAGGUACGCUCCAAUUUUGUACCAUUCGGGUGGGACCGCGGCGGGCGGCCCGCGGCGCUACACACAUCAUCCCACAUAUCAGAGACUUGUGUACGGAAUCGAAACAAUCAAGUGAAUGUCCAAACUAGAAUCAUCAAACAAAUCAGCUUCCAAUAUAAGACUUACGAGAACCAAACAUAUACCUAUAAAUAAUAUUACACUAUAAUGUUAGUAUCGACGACGGA